AUGAAGGCGUCGCACAUUUGCUCUUAUUUGCUAAGCAUUGCACCCCUAGUGGUGUCCCAUGGAGUACAUCAUAAUCGAGAUCAUGGCCACGAGGCAAACCAUGAGUCCAAGCAAAGUUUCUUGAUUUUGAAGCAAGAAUCCAUUUUUUACUCUCUAGUUUGCUUUCUGCAGAACCACCUCUUUGUCCUGGGACCCCGUUACAAUGCGAUUGUGGCUAUCCUAAUCAUACAACUUAUGCCGUGUCUUUUCGUACUGUUUGUUCCUGGACUGCGCAAGAACGAUCGUGCCAGCUUGACACUGUCCUUACUAGUUUCCUUUUCUCUAGGAACACUCCUGGGUGAUAUUUUAUUACACGUGAUACCUGAAAGUCUCAGCGGCGUAACUGAUGUCACAAUGGUUGGAGGAGCCAUAUUUCUGGGGUUUAUAAGCUUCUUGACUCUGGAUAAAACGAUGCGUAUUCUGUCAGGGACGUCCAACGAUGACGGCAGCAUACAUUCUCAUUCUCAUAGUCAUACUCCACAACAAACUGCAGAGAAGAAAGCGGGCUUUAACAUGUCUGCGUAUCUGAAUGUCAUAUCCGGCAUUGCUCAUCACAUCACGGAUGGCAUAGCGCUGGCUACGUCAUUCUAUAGUUCCACACAAGUUGGCAUAAUGACCAGCAUAGCUGUCACUUUCCAUGAGAUCCCUCAUGAGCUAGGUGACUUCGCCAUUCUGCUUUCCAGUGGGUUUACGUUCCCACAAGCGAUAAGAGCCCAAGCGGUGACAGCUUUCGGCGCCGUCGUUGGAACGUCCAUUGGCUGCUGGAUGAACGAAAUCGGGAACAACAGCCAUAAAGCAACGUCUUCAUCCGCGAACGCAUCUGAACUUAUGCUGCCGUUCACGGCGGGCGGCCUCAUAUACAUAGCCACUACUAGCGUUGUACCGCAGAUCUUACAUAGCUCCGCACCCGAUAGCAAGCUUCGAGAGUUUAAGAAGUGGGCCUUGCAGCUAGUCUUCAUUUUUGUAGGAUUUGCCGUUAUGGCGCUCAUGGAUGAGCAUUGA